AUGAUGCAUGAGUUUGAUAUGUCUGAUCUUGGAUUGAUGCACUAUUUUCUUGGUAUAGAAGUAGUACAAUCUAGUGCCGGAAUAUUUAUUUCACAGAAGAAAUAUGUUCAAGAAAUCUUAGACAUGUUUGAGAUGAAGGAUUGCAAUUCAGUUUGUACGCCAACUGAAAUUGGUUUGAAACUAGUGAAUAAUUCUGGGGAAAAGAAGGUUGAUCAAACUCUCUACAAACAGAUUGUAGGAAGUCUGAUGUAUCUGACAGCAACAAGGCCAGACAUACAACACGCAGUGAGUCUCAUUAGCAGAUAUAUGGAGUGCCCAGAAGUGCCUCAUUUGGCGGUAGCAAAAAGAAUUUUUCAAGACCCAGAUGAUAGGAGAAGCACCUCAGGUUAUGCAUUUAUAAUGGGAGCAGGAGCUAUUUCAUGGUCAUCCAAAAAACAACAGAUUGUCACUCUGUCAACCACUGAAGCUGAGUUUAUUGCAGCAGCAGCCUGCAGUUGUCAAGCUAUUUGGUUGAGGAGGAUACUUGAAGAAUUACGUGGUUUGCAAGAAGGUCCAACUCCUGUCUAUUGUGAUAACAAUUCAGCAAUCAAGUUGUCCAAGAAUCCAGUUUUACAUGGCAUAAGCAAAUACAUUGAUGUUCGCUACCAUUUCCUGCAUGACCUCACUAAGGAUGAAACAAUUGAUUUAAUCUACAGCAUAAGUGAAGAUCAGGGUUUUUUUUUACCUUCUAAAAAAUGGGGGGUAGAGAGAGUUGAGGUCGUCAUUGCCCCAAAACCAGAGGGCACUAUCCCAGACGAGUUCAUUAGGUCAGAGAAUGAGCAACCAGGGAUCACGACAGUUCAUGGGAAGGUCCUUGAGGUCCCAACCAUUGAUUUUAGUGACCCUGAUGAGCAAAAGCUCAUCCGUCAGAUUGCUGAGGCCAGCCGCAACUGGGGCAUGUACCAGAUUGUGAACCAUGACAUCCCUAGUGAGGCCAUAAGAAACUUGCAGGCUGUUGGGAAUGAGUUUUUUGAGCUUCCACAGGAGGAAAAGGAGGCUUAUGCCAAGCCUCUCGACUCCGACUCAAUGGAAGGCUAUGGGACAAAGCUUUUCAAGGAGUUUUCUGACGGAAACGUUACGAAAAAAGGUUGGGUGGACCAUAUGUUCAAUAAGAUCUGGCCUCCUUCUGUCAUUAAUUACCGGUUCUGGCCUAAGAACCCGCCUUCUUACAGGGAAGCUAAUGAGGAGUACGCUAAGCAUAUGCACAAAGUGGUGGAGAAGCUGUUCAGGCUCCUAUCUCUAGGGUUGGGGCUCGAAGGACAAGAGUUAAAGAAGGCUUCUGGUGGAGAUGACUUGAUUUACCUUCUCAAAAUUAAUUAUUACCCACCAUGUCCCCGCCCGGAUCUUGCUCUCGGCGUGGUGGCUCACACCGACAUGUCCAUCGUCACCAUUCUCGUCCCCAACGAUGUCCAGGGCCUCCAGGCCUCCAGAGAUGGCCACUGGUACGACGUUAGGUACAUCCCUAAUGCCCUUGUCAUCCACAUUGGUGAUCAAAUGGAGAUAAUGAGCAAUGGAAAUUACAAGAGUGUGCUGCACAGAACCACAGUGAACAAAGACAAGACAAGAAUCUCAUGGCCAGUGUUCUUGGAGCCUCCAGCAGACCACGUAAUAGGGCCUCUCCCACAGCUUGUGAGCCAGGAAAAUCCACCGAAAUACAAGACCAAGACGUACGGGGAGUAUGUUUAUUGUAAGCUCAACAAAAUUCCCCAAUAA